GCUGUGCUCCAGCUGCUCUGCUGCAGUCGGCCUGCCCUGUCUGCCUCUGCCGCCUGCUGCUGCCGCUGGAGAGUUGGGGAGAAACCGUCGAGGGAGAGGAACCGGGGGGAAGUGCGCGUCCCAAACUGGAAACGACGCCAACCCGAGUCUUCUUGGAACUGAGCCUUCGCUUCCCCUUCGCAGCUCUUGCACAGCUCCCCGCGCCGCGCCGGAGACCCCCAAACUUGGGAUAGUGUUCUUGUCCUGGUCGGUGCUCGCUUGCAGCGCUCGGACAGGCUGCUCCCUCCGCUCAUUCGCCCUGUUGGAACACGGAUCCGGCGAAGCAGAGAGGACAAUGAAGGACUAAACGCUCCCGUGGCCUGCCAGAAGCUCGUUUUUAAAAGUGCUGCUGACUGCUCAUUUGACUCGCCUUAAUUUUUUUGCUGGCGUUUUUCUCCGGCUGCUCAGUGGGAUGCGACUGCUGCUGUAGGAAGCCGCUUGUUGACAAACAGUUUUUGCAAGUUUUCAGCAAGCAACAUCCCGACGCGCAGGGAAAAUGUCCACGCCGAGGUUCAAAAAGGAUAAGGAGAUUAUCGCGGACUAUGAAAGUCAAGUGAAAGAGAUCCGGGCACAGUUGGUGGAGCAGCAGAAAUGUCUGGACCAGCAGACGGAGAUGCGAGUCCAGCUGCUCCAGGACCUCCAGGACUUCUUCAGGAAAAAGGCCGAGAUUGAGAUGGAAUACUCACGAAACCUGGAGAAACUCGCUGAGCGCUUCAUGGCCAAAACCAGAAGCACAAAAGAUCAUCAACAGUACAAAAAAGACCAGAACCUGUUGUCCCCGGUGAACUGCUGGUACCUGCUGCUGAACCAGGUGAGGAGAGAGAGUAAAGACCACGCCACUCUGAGCGACAUCUACCUCAACAACGUCAUCAUGAGGUUCAUGCAGAUCAGCGAGGACUCCACCCGGCUGCUAAAGAAGAGCAAGGAGAUUGCCUUUCAGCUUCAGGAAGACUUGAUGAAAGUCCUUAAUGAGCUCUACACAGUAAUGAAGACCUAUCACAUGUACCACUCUGAGAGCAUCAGCGCAGAGAGCAAACUGAAGGAGGCGGAGAAGCAGGAGGAGAAACAGAUCGGCCGAGGAGACCCUGUGUUCAGCAUCAGGAUGGAGGACAAAUACCAACGACGGAGCUCAGUCAAGAAGAUCGAGAAGAUGAGAGAGAAGCGCCAAGCGAAGUACUCAGAGAACAAGCUCAAGUCGAUAAAAGCCAGAAACGAGUACCUGCUGACGCUCGAAGCCUCCAACGCCUCCAUCUUCAAAUACUACAUCCACGACCUGUCAGAUCUAAUCGAUUGCUGUGACCUGGGUUACCACGCCAGUCUAAACCGAGCCCUGAGAACGUACCUGUCUGCUGAAUACAACCUGGAGACGUCCCGACAUGAAGGUCUGGACAUCAUUGAAAACGCCGUGGACAGUCUGGACCCCAGGAGUGACCGGCAGAGGUUCAUGGAGAUGUUUCCUACAGCCUUUUGUCCACCGUGCAAAUUUGAGUUCCAGCCCCAUAUGGGAGAUGAGGUCUGUCAGGUUUCUGUGCAGCCACCAGUCAAUGGAGAGCUAAUAUUGAGAUUUCAACAGCUCCAGUCUCGGCUUGCCACUCUAAAGAUUGAAAACGAAGAGAUUAAGAAAACAUCGGAGGCUACGCUUACCACGAUCCAGGACAUGGUGACUAUCGAAGACUAUGACGUGUCCGAGUGCUUUCACCACAGCCGCUCCACGGAGUCGGUGAAGUCUACAGUGUCCGAGACCUAUCUGAGCAAACCGAGCAUUGCGAAGAGGAGGGCCAACCAGCAAGAGACGGAGCAGUUCUACUUCAUGAAAUUCCGCGAGUUUCUGGAGGGCAGUAACCUCAUCGCCAAACUGCAGGCCAAACACGACCUGUUAAAGAGGACUCUGGGAGAAGGCCACAGAGCUGACUACAUGACCACGAGACACCCAAACGGGGCUUUCAGAACGCUGCCGGGCACCCGUAGGCCCAGACCCCGCUCGGUUUUUAAUGUUAGAUUAUUUAAUGGAAAUUUGGAGUCAUUUAUCAAGGAUUCUGGACAGGCCAUCCCCCGUGUGGUCGAGAGCUGCAUCCGCUACAUUAAUUUAUACGGUCUCCAACAUCAGGGCAUAUUCCGAGUGUCUGGGUCGCAACUGGAAGUCAACGACAUUAAAAACUCCUUCGAAAGAGGAAAUGACCCCCUGACAGAUGAAGAGAAUAACCACGACAUAAACUCAGUGGCUGGAGUUCUCAAACUGUACUUCAGAGGCCUGGAGAACCCUCUGUUCCCCAAAGAGCGCUUCAACGAACUGCUCUCCUGCAUCAGAGUGGAUAACUUGUAUGAGAGAGCUUUGUACAUCCGGAAGAUCCUUCUGACCAUCCCUCGAUCAGUUCUGGUCGUCAUGCGCUACCUCUUUGCCUUCCUCAACCAUUUGUCCCAGUAUAGUGACGAAAACAUGAUGGACCCGUAUAAUCUGGCCAUCUGCUUUGGUCCGACCCUGAUGCCCACCCCAGACUGCCAGGACCAGGUCUCAUGCCAGGCCCACGUCAACGAGAUCAUCAAGACCAUCAUUAUCCACCACGAAACCAUCUUCCCCGACGCCAAAGAGCUGGACGGGCCAAUCUACGAGAAGUGCAUGGCUGGAGGAGACUAUUGUGAGAGCCCGUACAGCGAGCACGGAGCCCUGGAGGAGGUUGACAACGAGGGAGGGACAGAGGCUCACACCAGCGAGGACGAGGGUGAACCCAUCGAGGCCAUUGCCAAGUUUGACUACGUGGGACGCUCGUCUCGGGAGCUGUCCUUUAAGAAGGGAGCGUCUCUUCUGCUGUAUCAGCGGGCGUCUGAGGACUGGUGGGAGGGGCGCCACAAUGGCAUCGACGGCCUGGUGCCUCAUCAGUACAUCGUCGUACAAGAUAUAGAUGACAGCUUCUCGGACACCCUGAGUCAGAAGGCGGACAGCGAGGCGAGCAGUGGUCACGCCGCAGACGAGAAAUGCUCAGGAAAAGACAUCAACUCGCCCACGGAUACACGCAUCUCCGAGACCUAUAUCAGCAGCAGACACAGAAAGAGGUCUGACCCACCGUCUCGGCGGCCCCCUGCCCGCCCCACUGAUGUCCUGUGUAUGGUCCAUCCGUCUCAGCAGGGACACGGGGGGCACGGUGGGCACGGUGGGCACGGCGGGCACGGCGGCUCUCCUGAAAUGGGCUCCCCAGUCCUAGGCCACUUCAGCCCCCGCGACGUCCUGCGCAGUCGGAACCACCUCCCUGUGGACAGCCCCGAGCGCAGGCGGCGCACUGGGCACGGCAGCCUGACCAACAUCAGCCGCCACGAGUCUCUAAAGAAGAUGGAGAGCCCGCCCAUCCGCCGCUCCACCUCCUCGGGCCAGUACACAGGCUUUUCAGAGCAUCACCACGGGGGCAAAGGCCUGGACCCGGAGACCAUCGCACAGGACAUAGAGGAAACCAUGAACACUGCCCUGAACGAGCUGCGUGAGCUGGAGAGGCAGAGCUCAGCCAAACACGCCCCAGACGUGGUGCUGGACACUCUGGAGCAGAGGCAGAGCAGCGGGGGUCAGACCCACAGCUCCUCUGAGUCUCUGAGCCCCAUCCACGGAGUCCACCUGAGGCCCACUGCCCACACGGAGCCCCCCGCCCGCCGUAGCACCAGCUCCUCCAGCGACGCCAUGAGCACCUUCAAACCCGCCGUCACCCCGCGCAUGGGGGUCCAGCUCAAACCCCCCGCGCUCAGACCCAAGCCCCUGGUCAUGCCCAAAACCGGUCAGCCUCCGCAGGGCCCCGCCACGCCCACUCAGGACCCACUGGACAAAUCCUGCACCAUGUAGCACCUACAGCUCCACCUGUAAAGUCGUACGCUUAGACAAAAUACUAACACUCUAGAGUUGCAUUGAUACUUCGCAGUGAUGUCACGCUGGGGGUGUUUUACAUGUAUGUCUGUGGAAGAAUAUUCAUGGACACACAAUGCACAAAUUAGCAAUAACUUCCAAAAAAGUUUUAAGAUGGUUUGAAAAAAAAAAAACAAUAAAUGAAUUUAAACAAAACAUUUUCAGAAGCCUGUUCAUGUAAUUUUAUGUAAGAAAGAUCCACUCACCUGUUGCAGUUCAAUCCGUGUAUCAUUUGUUUUUCAAAACAAAACCAAAAAUAAGAAAACUAAAAUUAUUUGUCUCCAAAACCAAAAUGAAAAAGACAGAUAAUGAUUCAUUUUUUCAGUUUUCAAUUUUGUGUUUAAAUUAAUCAUGGAAAAAAACAGAUAAUGGCCAUUUCCUGUUUUUGUGACGUUAACUGUGAUGCUGGACUUUUGCGCCGCAUACCGACUAAGCCAGGUCCGGGACUGAGGCCGGGACUGAGGCCGGGACUGAGGCCGGGACUGAGGCCGGGACUGAGGCCGGGACUGAGGCCGGGACUGAGGCCGGGACUGAGGCCGGGAUCAGACUGAGACCAGGACUGAUAAGAAAACGAAAAAACAACAAUUUUCUUCAUUAUUUGACUCCAAAACCGAAAUGAAAAAAUGGAUAAUGAAUUGUUUUUCAGUUUUUGAUUUUGUGUUUGAGUAGUGGAAAAAGAUUUUAGUCCUGGUUUAGUCCCGUUUUAGUGCUGAUUCGGUCCUGAUUCAGUCCGUAUGCAGAAAGUCCGGCAUCACAGUUUAAGUCACAGAAAUGGCCGUUAUCCGUUUUUUCCAUUAUUCAUUUAAACACAAAAUCAAAAACUGAAAAAACAAAUCAUCAUCUGUUUUUUCAUUUUGGUUUUGGAGACAAAUAAUGAAGAAAAUAGUUUUUUCGUUUUCUUAUUUUUAGUUUUUUAUUAAAAAACAAAUUAACAAAUGAUACACGGAUUCAGUUCCAGCGUCUUUAUGGUCAGACUGUGUUAAAACAAAACUCAGAUUAAAGUCUAACUAAAGUCUCACAAAGCCUCAGACAGAGUAGUGCCUACAGUUAGCGUCACACCCCCAGGGAAAGUGGAUGACACCAGCUGCAAAGUAUCAAUAGUAAAAGUACUUUAAGUCUGAGCCCCACUAAAGCUGACUGUGCAGGAACUGUGUGGGGCGUUCAAGGACAAACAGAGUAGAAAAAUAUCUGUUUGUUGACAAUUCCUUCCCAGAAAAUGUGCACACAGAGUUUAGUGUACUUACUUAUAGUUAUAGUUAGUUUGUGUUGGCGAUUUUUCCUUUCUUGAAACAACAAAUCACAAAGGCUUCCAUUAGAGAGAUAAAUAAAACCUGACACUAAACACACUUACAUGAAUUGUUUACCUUUUAAACUAGAACAAGCUCACAGUAGUUUUAAACAAGCCAUUGACUGAAAAUAUAAAAUGUUACUAGUAUUUAGGCCUGUCACGAUAACAAUUUUUGAAGUUUAUUUAAUCCCAAUGUCUGUGCGUUAAAACUGCAAGUAGUCCCGGCAACAGCCAAAUCACUGUUCAAUAUCACUGCUCUGAGGUAAAACGCUCAACUGCUAUGGGUAGAAUGUAGGGACUAGCUUCAUUUAAAACAUUGAAAUAACUCAUAUUUUGGUCAUUUACAAACAGGGAACAGGUUUUUCACAUUUACAAGUGAGACAUUUUCAGUUUGUAGUCAUGUUAUUAGCGCUUUAAACAACUUGGAGCCGUGCGUUCUGCAGUUUUAACGCACUUCGCAGACGAACAUCUAUGAUUCCGCAGCAUGCGAUAAAACUGCAUAAGUACGGCUCCUCGUUGUAUACCGUAUUUUUCAGAUUAUAAAUUGCUCUGGAGUAUAAAUCGCACCAGCCAAAAAAUGUGCAAUGAGGAAGAAAAAAACUUAUAAAUCACGCUUUUUGGGGGAAAUGUAUUUUAUAAAAUCAGAGACCAGGAACUGACAUUUUAUCUUGAAAGGCAAGUUCUAGUAAUAACAAUAGAACAGAAAACAACAGACUUAUGAACAGUUCUUCAGAUAACUAUAGUAUAAACAAGAGAACAGAACAAGUUUACCAAACUCUCCAUCUCACUCCAAAUCACUAAAUCCAUUGAAUUCUUCGUCCUCGGUGUCACUUCUGAGCAACUCCGUGACCUCGACUGACAUGAUACAGACAGGACAGUGGCUCUUUCUCUUUCUUCUGCAGCUGACAUGCGCAGUAGAGUGAAGUGAAAGUGAUACAGGAGUAACAGGAGCAGCAGAUACUGACACACAAGACUAGAGCCUCUCACGGCUUCAGUGUGAACAUUUUAACAUAUAAGUCACAGGAAACACCCAAACCAUGAAAAAAUGUGCGACUUAUAGUCUGAAAAAUACAAUAUGCUGCAUUCUGUUGUGCUCAGGACUCGGGGAAAACCCACUAAACCAUUUUUAAAGCUGCAUUGCGCAACUUUGUCUCCAUGCAAAUGUUAUUGUUUUGUCUAGAGAAUGUUCCACGCAAGAGAUUAACCCUGUCUGUCUCAACUACAGGUCAGAUCUGUGGAGAGGCGACGUUGGUCUCAAAGAGAAUUAUUACAUUUUUGAGCAAUAGAAACACCCGUAAUGAAUAAAUGCGAGAUAGAUGUGUUGAAUGUCAUACCGUGGAACAUUGCAGGUUAAGCAAUAACAUCUCCAUGGAGACAAGCAGAUGACAGAUCCUCCACCAGAAAAGUUGCGCAAUGCAGCUUUAAAUAGAACGUACCAUUCAAAAGCCUGAGCUGCAACAAAUAGUUAGAAAAAAAUCUCCCUAUUAUUGCAAAGAAAUUGUACAAACGAUAAAUACUGAACCGCAAAAUAUGAAAAAUACAAAAGAAAAAACAACAAAUCUUCCUAUUAUUGCAAAUAAAUGGUACAAACGUUGAAUAUUGAGCCCUAAAAUAUAAAAAAUACAAAAUAAAAAAAAAAAAAGUCUCCCAAUUUUUGCAAAGAACAUGUACACACAAUAAAUAUUUAGCCCCAAAAUAUAAAAAAAAUACAAAAUAAAAAAACAAAUCUCCCCAUUAUUGAAAAUAAAUUGUACACAUGGUAAAUACUGAGCUCCAAAAUAUAAAAAAAAUACGAAAUAAAAAAAAAUGUCUCUAUUAUUGCAAAGAAAUUGUACAAACGAUAAAUACUGAGCCUUAAAAUAUUAAAAAGUAUAAUAAAAAAAUACAAAAAUAGCCAAAAUCUCGCCAUUAUUGCAAAUAAAAUGUACACAUGAUAAAUAUUAAACUCCAAAAUCCCUAGUUCCAUUGUUGUUUCAUAUAUUAAACGCUAAGUGGAUUAAAAAAUUAUCGUGACAGGCCUAGUAUUACACAGGUGCUGUAACUCAAUGGAUGUAAACAAUUGAACUCAUAAUUUAAGGUACUUUGUUUAUACGUUUGUGGUACUGAUAAACCAAACUUUUGUAUUCACUUGUACACAUACCAUCUUUUCCGUAAUCGUGCAAAUGUACAGAAAUAACUAUAUAAACUAAAAUAAAUAGCGUUUUAAAUAUUAUUGCCUGGAAUGGAGUAUAACUAAUGGGUAAAACCACUCUAAGAACUUUACAUUUGUGUAUUUUCUUUACAUUUUCUGUCUUUGAAUAGUUACAGAUAAUGCAAAAUAUUAUUAAAGCUGUAUAAUGCGUAUCAGUGUAAAAGGAAAUAUGAUGAAACUGCAAUAUAGUAUAAAGUAUUACGAAAUGAUAUGUACUUUUUCUGCCUUGCUUGGCUUUACCCACCCAAAGAGUAAAACUGUACAAGCGUCAUGUGUAUAGAUUGAAGGCAUUCUGUAGUGGGAGUGCCAGUAGCCAUGGACCUGAUGACUGUUAGUGUAAAAACCUGCGAAUACCAUAGUCUGUUUUCUCUCUUAGCAUUGCUCUGUCCGCUGUUACAAUAUAUAUAUAGACCCUUUAAAAAAACGUGUAAACAAAAAUAUUCCAAGUUUCAGAAUGGAGGCAAUAGGCUCUAUACAGGGAAGACAUUUGGAAAGAUGCGAUGAAAACGUCCGGUGUAGUUCCUUACACUUCAGACUGCAGCCUGAAGUGACCCAAACCCGAUUUUUUGGCCCCUAUGUGACCUGUAUCUGAUCUUUUAAUGACAGUCUGAAUGACACAGAUCCAAUUUUUUCAAAUGCGACCCAGGACAGUUGGAUAUGUGGUCAAUACAUAUCCGAUCUUUGACAUGCGACUUCAGUCUGAACGGCCAAGGCGCAUUCAUCCAACCUAAAUGUUAUCAACAAGCCACAAACAUCACUAUUCUGCGCUGAAGUAGGUGGAAAUUGUUAAUGAACUCCGUGUCACUGAAGUGAAGCACAUCGCUAUCUCACCCCUCUUGGCUACAUCUCCGCAUCCACACGUUCCUUUCAACGGACUGUCCCACAAAACCAUGGCCAAAAACCUUGUUCUUCUUCUUCUCAAUCUCCUCCUUAAAACAAGUAAGUUGUUCAUGUUCUGGCUGCGGUACGAGAGGAACUUUAAAAUUUCCAGGUGCUCAAUGCUCGCGUCCAUGUUUGGACGACUUCUGUAAACACAGAGCACGCUCGCUGCGGUUGACGUCGUCGUGUCUCCAGUGCGCAUGCGGGACAAUUUUGGGCCGUUUAAUGUUCACAAAGGAGAUCACAUACUAGUCACAUUUAAUUGGAAAUGUGAACAACCUCUCAAAAACAUCGGAUUUCACAUAAAAAUCUGAAUUGAGCGUUAAGCCCUGCAGUCUGAACGUAGCCUUAGUUUCACUUCGUAGAAACCGACUGACCUCGCAGCAUUAGGAUUCGUUCACUCGAAUCCUAAAGGAUUUAGUCGCUGCAAAGAAAUGAAAUUGAGCGGAGGCACUAGGUGGUGCCAGCCUGGCUACCCAACACUGAGCUUGCCGACUUACUGAAGUAAAUGUGAUUAGCGGUAAAAUGAAGACUGCAUAUGUUUGUGUUGUUUGGAAUCAUCUUGAAUUUGGUGCCUCAUCUCUUCUAAUCACAUGUACCCAGUCCACUCAGAAUUGUGUGUCAGUGGGUAAAUGAUGAAAACUGAGGUAUGGUUGGAACUGUUGAUUCACCGAAUAUAACAGAACGGUACAAUGUACACUACCGGUCAAAAGUUUUAGAACGCCACACUUUUUCCAGUUUUUUACUGUUUACAGUCGACCAAAACAUAUUGUAAACUUUUGAUUCAUGAAAUUGCCCACCUUUGGCAGAUUUAACAGCUGAACACACUCGUGACUCGUUCUUUUUACAAUAGAAAUCAAAUAUUCUUCAGAAUGUUCUUCCCAAGUCUGUUGCAGAAGUUUCCAUAAAUGUGUGGAACUUGUAGGUUGCUUCACUCUUCUGUUCAGUUAUUCCCAAACCAGCUCGAUGGGGUUUAAUUCUGGAGACUGUGCUGGACACUUCAUGUUUUCAAACUUUACCAUCUUGUUCUUUUUUCCUGAGGUAUUUUUGGCAGAGCUUGGACUUGUGUUUUGUAUCUUUUAUCUUUUUUUUUUUUUUUUUAACCUCUGUCUGUUCAGUUCUUACCUUUGUACCAUUUCAAGCUCUUCAUUGGACUUGCAUGACUUGAACUGCAGUAAAUAACUGGAAAAAUUAGGAUGUUCUAAAACUUUUGACCGGUAGUGCAGAUGAAGAAAACUGGGCCAUUUUCUCAUUUUUCCUAGAUUUUGUCAGACUUACACUACAAAUGCCGGAAGUUGUAAUCGCAUGUUUUCAAACGUCUUCCUGGUUUGUGACGUAAGCGUGAAUAGAGUCUAUCGGAGGCAAAAGCGAAGUGAAAACAUAGGCCGUGUAAAGAUGUGGAAUAAGGGAGUGUGACAUCGCCCACAGUGUUCGGCUUCAGUCAAAUGAAGCUCAUCGAGACUAGGCCAGCAGUUAUAGGAGCGAAUUUAUCUGUCAAUACCGUAGUGCUGCUUCCUGCAUUUUUUUUGGCUCGUUUAAAGAGACUGUACUGAAGACUGUGUAAAGAAGUGGACUAAGGGAGUGUGACGUCACCCAUAGCGUUCAGCUCCAGUCAAAUGAAGCUCAUUGAGACUGGCAGUUAAGGGAUGAGUUUGGAGUUCCGUAGUAGGAACUGGAAUUGAUUUACGGACAAAAUGGAGAAAUAAAAAAAAAACAGGAUCAUGUAAAGCGGGUUAAAACGAGCAUUUUAAGACCAAAAUGAGGAAAGUGAGCAGCAAUUACAGAGAGAGGGCGAUGUUUUUUUCAGUACAAAAUUAACUUGAGCCAUAGUGGAUGGAGCUGGAAGUGUGCCCAUGCUCACUUCUUCUUCAGCUAUGUCCAUUUAUAUAUAAAGUUAUGAGUGGAACAUAAUGUGAUUAACUUCAGAAUAUCACUAAAUAUGAAGAAAAUUUGGCAAAUGAAAACCAUGC